AUGCAUGAGGGUUUCGGUGCUUACAAUGGAGACCUAUCAGAUGACGAAGCAUUGAUGAUAGCGCUGCGCGAGUCGAUGGUCAAUGAGCCAGUCGCGGAGUCGUCCGAUUCGAGGUCGUCCGACGUAGUGGAAAAAACUGGGUCGUGUAAAUCCGGCAAGGAGCGGACUUCGCGUCGGUCGAGGCACCAGAGGCGGGCCAGGGAGAAGAGCCGGACGGAGCGGAAGGCCGCUUCCGUAGAGCGGGUUGCUCAGGACAAAGAUCGGCCGCGGGAGAACAAGCUGCAUGAUGGGAAUCAUGACGUGCUGUUUAGCGAGAUGAGCGGAGGGGAAGUGAAUGGAAGCGGGGUGGGUGGAAGCGAAGGAAGUGAAGAGAACGCGCAUCAACAGAGUGCCGGUGAGUCGAGCGACGCUGAAGAGCCGCAGGCCGGUAGUCGGCGGCGGCGAGGUACCCCCGUUUCAAGCUCGAGUUUGGCUGCAGGACGGUCGAGUUGUGGAAUAUCCCCCGGGUCGAGGGCUCUGAUUGACUUCAGUAUCCACACUCCCGAUGCUGGGUGUGGUGCCGAGGAGAUUGACGCUGACAGCGGCGCCGAAGAGUCAGAUCUGGAUGAGUGGACCGACGAAGGAUCCGACCUUGACAUGAGCGACAACGAUGUGGAAGAGCGCGGCAGGGAUGAGCGCGGCAGGGAUGAGCGCGGCAGGAAGGAGCACGGCAGGAAGGAGCACGGCAGGAAGGAGCACGGCAGGAAGGAGCGGUCGGGGAGAGAGCGGUCGAGGAGAGAGCGGUCGAGGAUAGAAAGGGGCGGGAAGGAGGAAGAGGUUGGCGAUAGGAUGACUAGUGGUUGGGGUGCCAUUUUGGAGACGCUGGUGAGUGACUAUGUCCAGAGUUCGAAAAAGGAGAUGAUAAAGGGUGUGAGGUCCGUGUUGCAUUUCGAGACUGCCGUGCCAGAGAUGUAUCGGGCGCCUCCGAUACAUCGGGACAAUUUGAAUGGAUUACAAGCUGAAGGUUUGUUGCUGGCUAGAUAUCAAAUUUUUGCAGGAUUGCUGAGUCUGGGCAAUGAGUAUGCUGCAGAUCAAGGGCUCUAUCUCGAGCCGUUAACCGACCUGGAUGGUCAUCACGUGGCAGCGGCCAUCAACAAGCUCAAUAUGCCAAUAAAGGUGGAAGAUUCGCGCCUUAUGAUCAAAGCUUUGAAUGAGGACGAAAAAUUAAUCACAAGUCGUGCAGUCGAAGAAGGAAAGAAAUCGCUGUUUCUACAGCGUAUCAGUCAGCUGGAACUACUGGCUACGUGGCCCAGCGAUGACCUGCCUGUGCUCAGAUCUCCACCCGUAGGUCGCAGACCUGCCGCAGAAAACAACAAUGAGUCGAGUGGCAGACAAGUGGACGAACGUGGGUUCCUCAUGCCCGGGAACUGCUUCGCGCCAACCAAAAAACGGAAAAAGGCCCGCGUCGAUACCAUCUACCGCCAGCCUCUGCCUGCCUAUGACUACAAGAGAUCACCUCCGGAGUACUACACUAAAAUACCAUGGGAAUGCUGGUGUUCCAUUUUCGAUAGAAUCAAGCUCAAGGUACAACCCAACGACAAUGCGGGCGCUUUAGGCAAUGCGGGCGCUUUAGACAAUACGGGCGCUUUAGACAAUGCGGGCGCUUUAGACAAUACGGGCGCUUUAGACAAUACGGGCGCUUUAGACAAUACGGGCGCUUCAGGCAAUACGGGCGCUUCAGGCAAUACGGGCGCAUCAGGUAGUGUAAAGUAA